AAAAAAAAAAUUAAAAAAUGAUCAUUCUUCAAACAAAACAAUUUCGAAUCAACAUGGAAGCACAAAUCAAAGAAUUAAUUCCUUUCUUGCAUCAACCUGCAUUAGAGAUUAGGGCUAUUGCUCUUCAUCAUCUUGUUCCUUAUACUCCUAAUGGUAAUCAAUAUCGUCACUUAUUACUUGAACAAAGACAAACUGUUUGUAAAGACAUGAAAGCUCUUUGUAAAGAAGAUCCUGUUACUGCUCACGAUGCUCUUCGCUCUCUAAUCAAUUUAUCUAGUGAUCCUCUUGUUCAACAAGAACUGGAUGAUGCAGAUUUUAUCAAGUAUAUUGGGUUAUUAAUUACAAAUCCUAAAUCUGUGCUUGCAGACCUUGCUUGUAUGCUCUUAUCUAAUAUGACCAAAUUUGAGCCCACUUGCGUUAAAGUCAUUCAAGCAACAGCCGAACCAGUUGAAGGUUUAAGCCAAUCUACCCGUCUUUUAGAUCAACUUGUUGAAAUCUUCCAUAAGGGAUAUAAAAAAGAAUACAAUCCAGAAGCAGAAUACCAUUUCUUGGCUAGUGUCUUUUCAAAUGUGUCUAGUAUCAGAUUGGGUCGUGUAUUUAUGAUUGAAGAGGCAACUGUAGAUCAAUUAGCUCCACUUACAAAAAUUCAAAUUUUUACUGAAGAUCCAAAUGUGAUUCGACGUGGUGGUGCUAAUUCAGUUAUCAAGAAUUGUUGUUUUGAGGCUCGUGAGCAUGAACGUUUAUUAGAUGUAGAGGGUAUGAAUACAUUACCUUUUAUUUUAUUACCUUUAUGUGGUAAUGAAGAAUAUGAUAUGGACGAAUUUGAACAAUUCCCCGAAGAAAUCCAAUUAUUGGGUGAUGAUAAGAAACGAGAAACAGAUCCUGUCCUUCGUGGUAUGCUUUUAGAUUCUAUUAUUUUAUUAACCCAGACUCGUUAUGGACGUGAAUAUUUACGUAAAAAACAAGUCUAUCGAGUUAUACAACGUCUUCAUUUACAAGAGACUGAUGAAGAACUUAAAGAAAAAUGUAUAACUAUUGUUGAAAUGUUGAUUCGUGAUGAAGAAGGUGCUGAAAUUACAGAAGUUGAAUCUGAAAAGCCAGCUGUAGAGGAAGAUGAUGACGAUUUGAUUAUUGAAGAAAUUGUAUAAAUUGGCAUGCGCAUAAACAUUAGACUAUAAAAUAUACAUAAAUAAAUAUGCAAAUCAUUUGUUUUUUUUUAUUGGCUUAUUUUAAAUUUAUGAACACUUUCGUGACUUGAUUUUACCCCCUCCCAUCCAUAUCCCUCCUUCACAGCCUUUACUAAAGAUUUUUCUUCUUUAUAUUCAUAUAAAAAAAAAAAGAAAAAUUUUAAAAUGGAUAAACGUCAAUUAGAACAAGGCAAACAACAAUCAUUCAU